CCCGAGGUAGCAAGCUAUGAAGAUUAUAAGGGGAGACUUUGCUGCUCGCUUUUUGAUAAACAUCAUCCGCUCCUGAACCUAUCAUCUAUCAUCAUGAAGUUUUUGAAUACUCUUGCGACAUUGGCGAUCAGCACAAUUGCUGCAGCGCACUGUAUGAAGAAGGAUCAACAAUUAUCCACCUCUCCAAACUCAGACCCUUUUGACGGUUUAUUACCCGGAUCCAAUCUAUUGUACUUUUGUUCAGAUGAGGACAAGGACAGCAGCAUUUCCAUAUCAAAUCUUGACAUAAACCCCUUUCUUCCUACUUCUUACAACCCUAUCGACAUAACUAUAUCUGGAAUACUGCGCCGACCUCUUGAUCCUGCCUCAUACGUCAUCAUCCGAGAUGUAGUGUCUGGUGAACAACUUAACUCUGAACAGAUUUUGAUCUGUCCCUUCCUAGAGAGCUUUGGUCAUUCAUGUCCAAUUGGUAUUACACCAUUCCACCUGAACCUCCAUUUCAUGGUCGAAAGUCUCCCAGACGUGAAAUCCGAACACAUUUACGUUGAACUCUACGACUCUUCAGGAGAUCAGAUAAUUUGUAUAAAUUCACCGUUUUACAACGGAUUUCCUGAUAGCCAAGACAUAUUCAUGGACGGAAUAGGGUCAACGGAUCUAUAG